CGCUCGCUCCGUGUGGAUUAUAUGCUCUCGUGUCUGUGCUACAAAGUUGUGUGAAAAUGUCGUUUGUUGUGGUUGUUUGAUGGUUUUAAGAAAUCCUAGCCAGUAUGGUGCUUCACACAGUGUCAGGGCUUUCACGUAAAGCCCUGUUAAGACAUAAUUUACCGAAUAACCACGCAUUUCUGACUGAACAAUUUAUACGGUUCCGUCUGACCUCUACGUCGACGCGGUCACCAUUACACGAAAAGCUACUAUCGUUACAAGAGAGGUUAAAAAUAAGGCUACAAUCAAGUUUCUGUACAAUUGUGAGACUCUGGGGACUUCAAGUUAAUUCCGUUACUGCACAGAGGAUUAGAAGAAUUGGUCAACUUAUUCACGUACAUUAUGCCGAACAAAAUUUGAAGUCCGUGGCGACUAGCUUUGCCAGAAAGUACUUUCGCGGUCGUCGACCCCAACUAUACCUGUUAUUUAGUGGCACAUUUUUUGCUUGGGACAGAGAACAUGUCACGGAUCAGGAUUUUGACAGUUGUUUUGGUUCUUUGGAUGAAGUUAGGCGCCUACUGAACUCAAUAGAUGAAAACAAUAAUGGUAAUGGAUGUCACAAAGACACUACCAAUGGAAAUAGUUGUAAUGGCAGUGGUGAUAAUAAUAGUAACAUACCGAUGAAUAAAACUGAAGCAUGGGAACAAAUUAUUGAAAAAGAGCAUUUAAAAAUGUGGAAGAAACCUGUACCAAAUUCUCCAUUAUUUCAAUACACAGUUUAUGGCUCUUUUGAUGACAUCUGUCCCAAAGCAUUCUUUACAGUUCAACUGGAUAUUGAGUAUAGGAAAGUAUGGGAUAAAUUAAUAAUGAAAUUGGAAGUUAUUGAUAAAGAUCCUAAAAGUGAUUCAGAAGUUGUACACUGGAUAAUGCACUAUCCUUUUCCAAUGUAUUCAAGAGAAUAUGUAUAUGUAAGACAACAAAAAAUUGAUUAUAAAAGAAAUGUAAUGUUACUCGUGUCGAAGUCUGUCAAUCAUCCUAAAGUGCCUGAGAAUGGAAAAUAUGUGCGUGUGCAUACAUAUUCUUCACAGAUGGUAAUAAGACCACAUCAUCGCUCAUUUGAAAAGAAUGGAUUUGACUAUGUUCUAACCUACUAUGAUGAUCCUCGUACACAUUUUCCACAGAGUUGUGUCAGUUAUUUAACAAGUGCGGGUAUACCUGACUUUGUCGCUAAACUUCACUCCGCUGCCAAGGAACUGCAAAUCAAUGGCAAUAUCAAUUACCGGAUUAAGGGCAUGAAAUCUUCAAACAAGCAUGCAGAGUCCUCCGUCUCCAAUCUUGUUUAGAAAACUGCAACCACCAGUAUUGCAUUUUGACUGAAAUCUUUGGCACAUGUUUUGUGUUUUAUAGUGAAACAAAUUGAUAUCAUUUUCUGGAAUUUUUCACUUCCAGGAAACCUUUCUAUAUUAUUAGACUGCAUGGCUAGACCUUUUAGUGUAUUCUAUAGUAAUAAAAAUAGAAUAUCUUUAUGAAUAUUCAGGUUAA